UGAUAAUAAUAUACUAGCACCAGAGCAAUGUGUAGAGAAUGGUGAUAUCAUUCAUAAAAUAUUUGGAGAAUUAAUUAUCAAUAAAAAAUACGAUGAUUUAGCAAAAGUAGCAAUAUUGUCUGCUCGAAAUGUUGAUGUUGAUGAAAUUAACAACAAGGUACUCGAACUGUUUGAUAAUAAAAGUGAGCGAAUUUAUACAAGUGUUGAUAGUACCGAAAAUUGUGAUAAUGGAAGUAUAAAUGAUGCUAUUUUAACAGAGUAUUUGAAUACUUUAAAUCCAUCAAAUUUCCUGCCUUAUGAAUUACGAUUAAGAGCCAAUUGUAUUGUCAUGCUACUUCGAAAUCUUAGUAUUAAUGAAGGUUUAUGUAAUGGAACGCGAAUGCAGGUAUUAGAACUAUCAAACAAUCUGCUACGUUGUCGUAUGUUAACAGGUGAUAAGGUUGGAGAUAUUGUAUUUAUAAAUCGUAUUACGCUGUAUUGUGAGGAUAUUUAUCCUUUUACUUUCAAACGACGGCUAUUUCCUAUAAAAUUAGCAUUCGCAAUGACAAUAAAUAAAAGCCAAGGACAAACUUUUGACAAGAUUGGUGUAGACCUUCGUAAAAAUGUAUUUAAUCAUGGGCAAGUAUAUGUUGCAUUUUCACGAGUUAAAUCUUGGGAAUCAUCAAUUAUAUAUUUAGGAAAUCAAAGACCUAAUUUACUAAUCAAGAAUUAUGUUUACACUGAAUUAUUGAAAUAAAAGUAAAUAUUUUUUCUAUAAAAAU